UUCCUAUUUGCUUAUUGUUCAGAACGAAGAAAUUAAUAAUUAGAUUGAUGUAAAAAAGAUUGCAAUGUCGAUAAAGUAGGCAAUUAACAUAGCACAUAUUUUAAUUUAACAUUUGGAAUAUUUGUUGUAGCGGCGGAACCUUUAGCGCUGCCGGUGUAAUGUCAACUGCGGAUAGACUUCGGCGCGAGGAUAGGCGCUGCGACGCCGGGCGGGGCGCCAUGCACCUACGAAUUUGUAGUACCGUUCUUGACAUCGCUGGUUCUGCGGAAGAAGCGAGAUGCACGAUACCCUGACAUAACCAUAUAUACACUCGUCUCUUUUCCUCCGGCUUUGCGGACGUCGCUGUGCAAGUAUGCGUGGCGACCGCCGCUGCCGCUACCUAUUCGUAGAAUCGCUGCUCGCGAGGUCGCCUACCCUCGGCGCGUCCUAGUAUUCAUAGGUCUACAGGGGAGGGUAUCGAUGCGGGUGCGCGCGCAAACCUCGCGCCCCUCUGGUUCGAUUUUCCCGUCCGGACGACGGUGGCGGCGCGUUGCAUAACUCCGUGGCGGCACUCCGUGCGCGACCUCACCGCGAGCGCCCGUCGCGAGCGCGCCCCGACGCGCCCCAACGCGCCAACACGCGUCUCGUCGCGCCCUUUACGUAACGCGCAACCACCGCGCGCGGCCCCCAUCGCCUGCGUCAGCUCGAACGGAUAAGUUUAGGCUGUGCGGCUGGAGUUGUACUGCAGAUGUCGCCGGAGUGCCGAGCGUGGAGCGAAGAGCGCGCGCGGCCCGCAACUAUAGCGGCCCCUAUCAGGCGCGCUCUCUGAACACACCGCAGCACGUAUCUAUUAGACGGUCGGACAUGAAAAAUCUUGCCAAUUUGCUGGCUGUCCCUCUCAGCGAACUUGUGAUAAAUUACAUCUCUCUAGUAGCCGCGGUCACACUGUCCUCGUGGACGACAGAAGGGCGCCCCGCCCGUACGACGUGGUCGGCGGGAGAUCGCAGGCGCAGAGCGUGCAGCCGGACGCGGUUCCCCCACCACACACACCCGCCCAUUCUCUGUUAGCAGUAGGCUGUUCACUCGGGGGGAGCUCGAUAGACAAUGUCCGAGGACUUGGACUCGAUCAGCGAGGAAGAACAAAGCUUGUUCCGACCUUUCACACGCGACUCAUUGGCUGUUAUCGAAGCUCGAAUAGCUGACGAGCAUGCUAAGCAAAAAGAACUCGAAAAAAAACGAGCGGAAGGCGAGAACGAUUUGGGGCGGACGAAAAAGAAAAAAGAAGUGCGGUAUGACGACGAGGACGAGGAUGAAGGUCCCCAGCCGGAUGCGACCCUGGAGCAAGGUCUCCCACUGCCGGUGCGAAUGCAGGGCUCCUUUCCCCUGGAGCUCGCUUCCACACCUCUCGAAGACAUCGAUCCAUUCUACCAUAACCAAAGAACUUUCGUAGUUAUAAGCAAAGGCAAAGAUAUCUUCAGGUUUUCGGCGACUGAUGCUUUAUGGAUAUUGGACCCCUUCAACCCAAUAAGAAGAGUGGCGAUAUACAUAUUAGUUCAUCCAUUGUUCUCUUUGUUUAUUAUAACAACGAUUUUAGUGAACUGUAUUCUUAUGAUAAUGCCGACAACACCAACAGUCGAGAGCACUGAAGUUAUCUUUACCGGGAUCUACACGUUUGAAUCGGCGGUGAAAGUUAUGGCCAGGGGUUUUAUACUACAGCCAUUCACAUACCUUAGAGAUGCAUGGAAUUGGCUUGACUUCGUAGUUAUAGCUUUAGCUUAUGUGACGAUGGGCAUAGAUCUCGGCAACUUGGCCGCGCUCAGAACGUUCAGAGUUCUCCGAGCGUUGAAGACUGUGGCCAUCGUACCGGGGUUGAAGACUAUCGUAGGAGCUGUAAUAGAAUCUGUGAAAAAUCUGCGAGAUGUGAUAAUAUUGACGAUGUUCUCGUUAUCCGUGUUUGCUUUGAUGGGUCUGCAAAUUUAUAUGGGAGUGUUGACACAGAAGUGCAUCAAAGUGUUCCCUGAGGAUGGUAGCUGGGGAAAUCUCACCGAUGAGAACUGGGAGAGAUUUUGUCAAAACGAAACAAACUGGUACGAGGAAGGCGGAGAGUACCCUCUUUGCGGUAAUUCAUCAGGAGCAGGACAAUGUGAGCCCGGCUACGUGUGUUUGCAAGGAUACGGACCGAAUCCAAAUUAUGGCUACACCAGUUUUGACACAUUUGGUUGGGCCUUUUUGUCAGCGUUUCGACUUAUGACACAGGAUUAUUGGGAAAAUCUCUAUCAACUGGUAUUAAGGUCGGCUGGGUCGUGGCAUGUGUUGUUUUUUGUAGUCAUCAUCUUCUUGGGCUCAUUCUAUCUCGUCAACUUAAUCUUAGCUAUCGUCGCCAUGUCGUACGAUGAACUGCAAAAGAAAGCGGAAGAAGAGGAACAGGCUGAAGAAGAAGCUCUGAGAGAAGCGGAACAAAAAGCUGCAGCGAGAGCGGACAAGCAGGAGGCUCGGGAGGCGCACGCGCGCGAGCAGGCCGCCGCAGCGGAGGCGGCCGCGUACGCUGAGGCGCACCCCGCCAAGUCUCCGAGCGACUUCUCCUGCCAAAGCUACGAGCUGUUCGUGAACCAGGAGCGCGGCAACCAGGACGACAAUACGCGCGAGCGCAUGUCCCUCCGUAGCGACCCCUUCCAGGACUCGGUGAGCACUCAGCCCGCGCACAAGCCCGCCGACACGCACCACGAGCCCGCGCGCCGCCAGAGGAAGGUCAGCAUGGUUCCCCACCCUGAACGCAUAAAUAAAUACGGGCAGUUUUAUGGGCCACUGCGGGAGGGCUCACAGGCAUCAUUGUCACUGCCGGGAUCGCCGUUCAACUUGCGCCGUGGUUCGCGCGGCUCACAUCAGAUGGCGCUGCGGCCGAACGGUAGAGCCCGCUACCCACCAGGCGCGGAUAGGAAACCCCUCGUGCUGUCGACGUAUCUGGACGCGCAGGAACAUCUACCGUAUGCCGAUGACUCGAACGCUGUCACACCGAUGUCGGAGGAAAAUGGAGCGAUCAUUAUACCAGUUUACUAUGCCAAUUUAGGAUCUCGGCAUUCGUCGUAUACAUCACAUCAGUCAAGACUUUCGUACACAUCUCACGGUGACCUACUUGGUGGCAAGGCGCAGACAAAAGAGGCUAGGCUUCGGGGUCGUUCGGCAUCCAGAAAUCACAGCGUCACAUCGCAGCCUCAUGCCUACGCUUUGCCAAGACCGGACUCAUCGAUUGCAUCACGACCUGUCAGAGAAUAUGAAAUGAGCACCACAGAAAGCACUGACGAAGCCGGAAAAGUUUUAAAGCCAUCAAAUGACAAUCCCUUCAUAGAAUCAUCACAACAGCCAAAUGUAGUCGAUAUGAGAGAUGUAAUGGUAUUAAACGAAAUCAUCGAACAAGCUGGUCGACAAAGUAGAGCGAGCGAGCAGAACGUGUCAGUGUACUACUUCCCAACAGCGGAAGACGAUGAGGAUGGACCCACGUUUAAGGAAAGACUCCUUGAGUGCCUGAUGAAAGGGAUUGAUUUCUUCUGCGUGUGGGACUGCUGUUGGUUGUGGCUGGAGUUUCAGAAGUACGUCGCAUUGCUCGUCUUCGAUCCGUUCGUGGAGCUUUUCAUUACUCUAUGUAUCGUCGUCAACACGCUAUUCAUGGCGCUGGAUCAUCAUGAUAUGGAUAAAGAUAUGGAAAAGGCGCUUAAGAGCGGAAAUUACUUUUUCACAGCUACGUUCGGUAUAGAAGCUAUGUUAAAGUUAAUAGCAAUGAGUCCAAAGUAUUAUUUUCAAGAAGGCUGGAACAUCUUCGACUUUAUUAUUGUGGCAUUAUCGCUGCUUGAGUUGGGACUGGAAGGAGUUCAGGGUUUGUCUGUGUUACGUUCGUUUCGACUGCUUCGAGUUUUCAAAUUGGCAAAGUCAUGGCCGACACUUAAUUUACUCAUCUCUAUAAUGGGUAGGACGAUGGGUGCCUUGGGCAACCUGACCUUCGUAUUGUGCAUCAUUAUUUUCAUAUUCGCGGUGAUGGGUAUGCAACUGUUUGGAAAAAAUUAUGUGGAUUACGUGGACCGUUUCCCCGACGGUGACCUACCUCGUUGGAACUUCACGGAUUUUAUGCACAGUUUUAUGAUCGUGUUCCGCGUGCUUUGCGGAGAAUGGAUAGAAAGCAUGUGGGAUUGUAUGUUAGUGGGUGAUGUAUCAUGCAUACCAUUCUUCCUUGCUACCGUCGUCAUCGGAAAUCUUGUGGUUCUCAACCUUUUCUUGGCUCUGUUACUGUCCAACUUUGGUUCAUCGAGUCUGUCGACGCCCACUGCGGAUCAGGACACGAACAAGAUAGCAGAAGCCUUUAGUAGGAUAUCAAGAUUUAUUGACUGGGUUAAGCGCAAUGUUGCCGACAUACUCAAGCUGCUGAAGAAUAAACUGACCAACCAGAUAGCCAUACACGCUCCCGAACGUGUCGACAAUGAACUAGAAUUGGGUGCAGACAUCGAUGAUGGAGUUCUGUACAAAGAUAAGAAGCUGAAAGAUCAAGUUGAAGUUGCAAUCGGUGAUGGAAUGGAAUUUACAAUACCAGGAGACAAUAAAUAUAAAAAAGGAAAAAUAAUGCUGAACAACAUAAACGCAAUAACAGACAAUCACACCGACAAUAGAAUAAACUGUGAACUCAAUCAUCACGGAUAUCCUAUACAAGAUGAUGACACGAUCAGUCAAAAAUCAUACGGUAGUCAUAAAAUAAGAUCUUUCAAGGAUGAAAGUCACAAAGGUUCAGCCGACACAAUAGAUGGAGAAGAGAAGAAAGAUGCAAGUAAAGAAGAAUUGGGCUUAGAAGAGGAAAUGAUUGAAGAAGAGGAAGAUGGCAAAUUGGAUGGUUUAGGAAAACAUGAUAUCAUAGUGGCUGCCGAUGAAGAUGUCGUAGACGAUACACCAGCAGACUGUUGUCCUGAACCAUGUUACCAGCGGUUCCCUUUCCUAGCUGGCGAUGAUGAAUCGCCUUUCUGGCAAGGUUGGGCGAUGCUCAGGUUAAAAACAUUUAGGCUGAUUGAGAACACGUACUUUGAAACUGCUGUUAUUACAAUGAUCUUAUUGAGUAGUUUAGCUUUGGCAUUGGAAGACGUUCACCUACCACACAGGCCUAUCCUUCAAGAUAUCUUGUACUAUAUGGAUCGGAUCUUCACAGUUAUUUUCUUUAUCGAAAUGUUAAUCAAAUGGUUGGCGCUUGGGUUCCAGAAAUAUUUCACAAAUGCUUGGUGCUGGCUUGAUUUCAUCAUCGUCAUGGUCUCGCUUAUAAACUUCGUAGCGGCGCUUUGUGGCGCUGGUGGCAUUCAGGCGUUCAAAACGAUGAGAACCCUGCGCGCGCUACGCCCGCUCAGGGCCAUGAGCCGCAUGCAGGGCAUGAGGGUGGUAGUGAACGCGCUAGUGCAGGCUAUACCAUCCAUCUUCAACGUGCUGCUUGUGUGUCUUAUAUUCUGGCUAAUAUUUGCAAUCAUGGGCGUGCAACUGUUCGCUGGGAAAUAUUUUAAGUGCGUCGACUUAAAUCACACGACGUUGAGCCACGAAAUAAUUCCGGACCGUAACGCUUGCAUUUUGGAGAACUACACUUGGGAAAAUUCGCCGAUGAACUUUGACCAUGUGGGCAAAGCCUAUCUGUGCUUAUUCCAAGUGGCUACUUUUAAAGGCUGGAUACAGAUUAUGAACGACGCCAUUGAUUCCAGAGAGGUGGGACGCCAACCUAUAAGAGAGACCAAUAUUUAUAUGUAUCUAUAUUUUGUAUUCUUUAUCAUAUUUGGCUCUUUCUUCACUCUUAAUCUAUUCAUUGGUGUGAUCAUCGACAACUUUAACGAACAGAAGAAGAAAGCUGGAGGCAGUCUUGAGAUGUUCAUGACUGAGGACCAGAAAAAAUAUUACAACGCGAUGAAGAAAAUGGGUUCGAAGAAACCUUUGAAAGCUAUUCCUAGACCAAAGUGGAGGCCACAAGCGAUCGUGUUCGAAAUCGUGACUGACAAGAAGUUUGACAUGAUCAUUAUGUUGUUCAUUGGUUUGAACAUGUUGACGAUGACGUUGGACCACUACCAGCAGUCGGACACCUUCAGUGCGGUCCUCGACUACCUCAACAUGAUAUUCAUAGUCAUCUUCAGCUCCGAAUGUCUUCUUAAAAUAUUCGCUCUACGCUACCACUACUUCGUCGAGCCGUGGAAUCUCUUCGACUUCGUCGUUGUUAUGUUUUCUAUUCUAAGUUUGGUAUUAAGCGACAUCAUAGAGAAGUACUUUGUAUCACCCACUCUACUGAGAGUAGUGAGGGUAGCAAAAGUGGGUCGCGUGUUGCGUCUGGUGAAGGGUGCCAAGGGCAUACGGACGCUGCUUUUCGCUCUCGCCAUGUCUCUGCCCGCUCUCUUCAACAUCUGCCUCCUCCUGUUCUUGGUUAUGUUCAUCUUUGCGAUAUUUGGAAUGUCUUUCUUCAUGCACGUAAAAAACAAAGGCGGCCUCGAUGACGUAUACAAUUUCAAAACAUUCGUACAGAGUAUGAUCCUGCUAUUUCAGAUGUCAACUUCUGCCGGCUGGGACGGUGUGUUGGACGGCAUCAUUAACGAGGAGGAAUGCGAUCUACCGGACAACGAGCGCGGCUCUCCCGGCAACUGCGGUUCCGCAACCAUCGGCAUCACCUAUCUGCUGUCCUACCUCGUCAUCUCCUUCCUCAUCGUCAUUAACAUGUACAUCGCCGUCAUUCUCGAAAACUAUUCACAGGCCACCGAAGACGUCCAAGAAGGUCUGACCGACGACGAUUACGACAUGUACUACGAAAUAUGGCAACGGUUCGAUCCCGACGGCACGCAGUACAUUCGCUAUGAUCAGCUAUCGGACUUCCUCGACGUGCUGGAGCCACCGCUACAGAUUCACAAACCCAACAAAUACAAAAUAAUAUCUAUGGACAUUCCCAUAUGCCGAGGCGACAUGAUGUUCUGUGUGGAUAUCCUCGACGCGCUGACGAAGGACUUUUUCGCGCGAAAGGGUAAUCCCAUCGAGGAGACGGGCGACUUGGAGGUCGGACGACCCGACGAGGCCGGGUACGAGCCGGUGUCGUCGACGCUGUGGCGGCAGCGGGAGGAGUACUGCGCGCGGCUGAUACAGCACGCGUGGCGCCGACACCGGCGCGCGCACGACGAGCCUGCGAGCGAGGGCGGUGCGGGCGGGGAG